CUCCAUAUAAGAGAUUCACAACACUUAAGAACCCAUAUCUCAAAUAAUCCUUACUUUCCAUGGAUCAAUUAAGCUCUCUCUCUGCUGAAAUAGAGACACUGAGCCAUGUCUUGAGCCUCGUUGAGGCAUUUCGUGCAUUCGACUCUGACAACGAUGGAUCGAUUGAUGCUCAAGAGCUCAGGGGACUCCUGGGAUCACUUGGCUACAACCCAAGUGAAGAAGAUAUCAAUACGAUGAUGCAAGAAGCGAACACCAAUAGGGAUGGACUCCUAAGCAUUUCUGAAUUUCUUGAAAUGAAUACAAAGGAUUUGGGACUAGGUGGUCUAAAAGAUAUUCUUAAAAGGGUUUUUGAAGAAUUGGAAUUUCAAGGGGAAGAUUUAGUGACAGGAGAAGACCUCUAUGAAGUUGUCGGGAAUAUUGGAACUGAUCUUUCACAAGAUGAAUGUCACGAAAUUAUUGCAAGCAUGGAUGGAGAUGGUGAUGGGGUUAUAAGUUUUGAGGACUUCAAACUUAUUGUUAAUUCACUUGAUUAGAGUCUAUGAUAUAUAUACUAUUAUAUGUCUUUUUCUAUAUAAGAACUUGCAAUAAUUCUGUCAAAUUAUUUGACAGAAGUUUGUAUAAGAUGUUAGUUAUUAACCCUAAUAGUGUUCUUGUAAUAGUCCUCUCAUCAUAGGAUUGGUGAUUGAGGGAAGUAUUAUUACAUCUGAUAGUUUAGAGGCAAAAUCCACUUUGAAUUUCAUGCAUAGGUAAAUAGUAUAAAACAUCCAUAUUUUUCAA